AUGUCAACUCCAGAAUCCCUGCCGCACCAAUGUAUGCAACACUGUGUCAGCUUAACAAUCUGGUUCCCAUCUCCCCAAAAAGCCGUACGCCCCAUCCCUACGCAUGUGAAAGAAAACAGACAUGAAGCAAAAUUUCGUAAUAAUAGUCAGUGCGCCAGGAAGAUAACUCGUGGGAGAUGGGUCCGGUGGAUAAACAUCCUGAGACGAAAGCAUGAAAAUCAUGACAGCUAAGCCUAGCCAU